GGAAAAAAAAAAAAAAAAAAGCUGGCGGAGAAGUGGCCGGGGGGGAUAUUCCCUACACCUCUGCUGCAGCCCAUGGAGAGGAAAAGGAAUCUAUAGGAGUUUUACAUCCUCCGCCGCAGACGGAUCCAAAAGGGUCUCCAAGACUCUACAAAUCCAACAUCUAGUCCAUAACUUUAGCAGUGUCCUUGCUGUACAGUAAAGGCUCCUGCACUGGAGAAGGUGUACAUUGUGACAGAAGCGGAAGGUGGUUACAAUGUAGCACAGUCAGGCAGGCUGAACUGGCGUUCCCACUGCCUUUGCCUCGCCCUGUCAUUGAUGGGAAAUCAACUGGAUCGCAUCACCCACCUGAAUUACAGCGAGCUGCCAACAGGGGACCCUUCUGGGAUAGAAAAGGACGAGUUACGAGUUGGGGUGGCAUAUUUUUUCUCUGAUGAGGAGGAGGACCUGGACGAUAGAGGGCAAUCUGAACGGUACACUGUGAGGGACCCCAGUCCCAGCGAGAUUGAGGGGCAUAUUCUACUCAAUGAGAUUGAGUUUUCUGCCUAUAGUUGCCAGGAAUGCAUCUUUUCCAAGCUCAGGGGCGGCCAGGACCUGAGUGUCUAUCCUAUGCAAGGCUUGUUGACCUUUUGCAAACCAGGGGAUCUCCUGGAAUUGAUCUUUAUUUGCCCUACUGCAGACCAUUCUCUUCCCCCCUCACCUCACUGGGCAGUUUACAUUGGGCAGGGACAGAUUAUUCACUUGCACCGUGGGGAGAUCCGCAAAGACAAUGUUUUUGAGGUGGGUGGAGGGUGUAUGGGCAGGGUGGUGAGUAGUUGGUAUCGAUAUAGACCCCUGACUGCUGAGCUGGUCCUCCAAAACGCAUGUGGACACCUUGGCUUAAGAAGUGAUGAGAUCUGCUGGACAAACUCUGAAAGUUUUGCAGCCUGGUGCAGGUUUGGUAACCGAGAAUUCAAAGCCAGCGGGGAGGUCCAUUCUGGUAACCUUCAGUAUUUUUUGAAGCUCCACCUGGAAGAAAACAACAUUCAUACCAUGAGAUUUCACAGUCUGGAGGAACUUAUACGGGAAAAACGUAAUUUGGACGCUAGUGGGAAACUAAGAGUCAUCAAAGAACUCUCCAUGAUGGAGAACAAGGAGUAAGGACAUGUUAGACCUCUCCAUGCUGGAGAGCUAAUGAAAGGGGACUGGGAUGGAAAUCUUUCAAUGAUUUGCCAAAAUGAGGCUGCACCUUUUUGGACAUAUUUUUAAGGAUCAUGUCAACAUUCCUAAAACCAGCAUUACACCAUAGCCACGAUUUAUUUUUUGGCUUUUACAACAUGGUUAUCACCACGUGUUUAAAUACAAAAAAAAGCAACAACAAAUCCUGAGUAUGUUGGCUGUAGUGUUGAUGUCUUAUUAAGCAUUUAGCGACAUGCUAAAUAAAAUUUCAAAUUGAAAUUUUUAUUUUCAUGGCUUUACUCCAUGACUGUUUAACCACAGAGGCCAAUAAAUUGAAUUUCUCUAUUUGCA